UCGCCGCUCUGUUAUCUAUCUAUCUCUCGCCCGACCACUCUGCUGCUCGCGCGCCGCUUGAGCCACAGGGCCUCUCUCCGCCGCCCGUCCAUGGCUUCCCCUUCCCGAGCCCUCGCCGCCCUAUCCAUCCAGCCGCGCCUCGGCGGUGGACGGCCUAGCAUCCGGUUCGCCGCCGGGCCGGUGGGGCGCCGGCCCAUGGUGGUGCGGGCCGGCGGGCCGCCCAGCACCAACGUGCUCAUCCUCGCCUUCGUGCUGCCCCUCUCCCUCUUCGUCGGCACCCUCGUCGCCGCCGCCCGCGUCGCCGACGACCUCGACGAGCGCUUCCUAAGGGAGAUGGAGAUCAACGAGGCGAUACUGGAAGAGAACGAGGCCGCUACAGAGGAAGCAGGCGAGACCGAAGACGACGGUGGAGAAUACGACGGAGAUCAGGAGUCCGUGGAGCCGGCGGUGGAGAAGGAGCAGGUUCUUGUCACUGCUGGUGGCCGGCGCACCAGGAACAGGCCGAAAAGGGAAGUGUAUUAGUUAGACUCGAGAAAAAGGUGCUGCAUAUAUUUCUGCUGAUUCUGCAUGAUAAUCUUCCAAGGAAUGUUUGCAAAUGCCUCAGUUUGAUCGACAAAGUAUGCGAUUAUGCAUGUGUGAUAUCCUAAGCUUCAGAACAGAAGUAGAGUAUAUUUAGAUUGAGCAGCUGAAACCAGGAUACAUGUUAGUUUUGACGUUUUUGGGGUAAGAACUGUGUCUCGUCUCUCUUAGGCAUUACUGUUUCAGAAUCAGAUCGAACAGCUGAAACCUUUCGCCCCCCAUUCUAUUUGUGCAUUACAUAUACAAAUCAUAUACAUACAUGAUAUUACAUCGAAGAAGUGUAUUUGUUCCACACUC